AUGAGCCAAGCAAAUUACAAUGAUGAUAAGCCAUAUGUUCCUCCAGCAAGAUAUACCGAAGUGAAUCAGAAUGGUGAUGUUAUCUAUCAAUCGGACUCAGUUCCUGUAGAAAUUAGUUCAACUUAUUUACAACCCAGAGAUACUGUUGCACAGAGAAACGCCGCAACAACUAAUGAGAAAACAAGUGAACAUUAUCGAACAUUUAAUAUUCCUGCUAAAUUUGACAAUCCAGAUUGGUGGCAGGGAUAUAGUAAGAAAGAACCAAAUCCACUCUAUCGAACGACAGCUCAAGAUUACGGUGCAGAAAAACCUAACAUUCAUACAAUGCCAACUGUUUAUCGAACGCAAUCAAGCGCAUUCACAGAGCAUCUUGGCAAAUGUGGUAUUUAUCGUUACCAAGGUCUCAAUACCACUGUUGACAAAGGACGUUAUAUAGAUAAACCCUAA